CACGCGCGCACACGCACACACACACACACACACACUGGCUGCCUAUGCCAGAGCCUGCUUCCUUGUGCUCUGUGCUCAAGCCCUCUUAAAGCUGUUUUUCUGCCGGAGAUCACCGAGAGCGUUUGCUUUAACAACACCCAGCUGCUGCCACUGAAGACAGAGGGAGGACGGAGGAGAAAGAGGAGGGAAGAAGAGAGGAGCACGAGAGGGGGGGGGGACAAACCACCAGCCGACUUAAAACUUCUCUCUAUCGUGUGGUUCAACAUACUUUGUAUGCCCUCUUGCUCUUUAGGGAGAUCUUGCCAGUGUAGUCCAGGACUUGGGAUUUUUUUGAGAGAGGGAAAACAAAAGAGAAGAAGGAAAGAAGAACAAAAAAAAGAAAGAGGGGUUGGAGUUCACAUGACAUAAUCGGAGUGAAUGGGUUGCUAUGGUGACUCACACAGGGAGCCUGACCCGUGGAGACUGAAUGGAGGGAGCGCCUUGGUCACCAAGUAAACGGUAAGCUGACAGUGGGGAGUCACCGGAGAUAGAGACAGAGAGAGAGAGAGAGAGAGAGAGAGAAGAACGGCGGAGUGGUGGAUAACAGACUCAAGCAGAGGAACGGAGCAGAGGUUGAGAAUGGAGGACGGGUUUUCCAGCUACAGCAGCCUCUAUGACACCUCCUCACUGCUACAGUUCUGCAACGAUGACAGUGCAUCAGCGGCCAGCAGCAUGGAGGUGACUGACCGCAUCGCCUCCCUGGAGCAGAGGGUCCAGAUGCAGGAGGAUGAGAUUCAGCUGUUGAAGUCUGCUCUGGCGGAUGUGGUCCGCAGGCUCAAUCUGUCAGAGGAGCAGCAGGCCAUGGGCACACGCAGGGGGCCCACCAAAGCCAGACCGAUGAUCGCCACCCUGCCAUUACGGCCCACGGUGAACAACGGGAAUGUCCUACCAAAGAAAAGCAGCGGUACUCUACCUUCUCCGUCUGGAUCUGGCUCCAGGAAAGACACCACCGCACCAGCCAACAAGAGCACUGUGAGGAGAGCCAACUCAAAUGAGCAUGUGGGAACUCUCACGAGGAGAGACUCGGGCGACUCUAAGGGCAAUCGAACACGUGCCGGCUCCACUGGCAGCAACUCCAGUGGCAAGAGGAGUGAAAGCAAACAGAAGGAGCCUGUGUUCAAUGCAGGGAUGCGACGCGUGACCCACUGCAAAGAGGAAGGUUAUGUGAAAAUGUAUUUGAAGGGCCGUCCCAUUACCAUGUACAUGUCCAAAGACCUGGUGGAAACCUACUGCCUGGAAGCCAGAGGCGAACUGCCCAGCAACAAGCUGAAAUUGGACUGGGUGUAUGGUUACCGUGGCCGAGACUGUCGUUCCAACCUUUACUUGUUGCCCACUGGAGAGACGGUGUACUUCAUCGCUUCUGUGGUAGUGCUGUACAAUGUGGAUGAGCAGCUGCAGAGGCACUACACUGGACACACAGAUGACAUAAAAUGCCUGGCUGUCCAUCCGGAUAAGAUCACCAUAGCAACUGGCCAGGUGGCGGGCACCUCCUCAGAUGGCAAACAGUUGGUUCCUCACGUGCGUGUGUGGGAUUCUGUCAGUCUCAACACCCUCCAUGUUCUGGGUACAGGCUACUUUGACCGUGGCUUGGUCUGCCUGGCCUUCUCGAAGUCGAAUGGAGGAAACACACUGUGUGCUGUAGACGACUCCAACGACCAUGUUCUCUCUGUCUGGGACUGGCAGAGAGAGGACAAGCUAGCCGAUGUCAAGUGCUCCAACGAGUCAGUAUUUGCCAUGGACUUCCACCCCACAGACAGCACUGUUAUUGUAACCUGCGGCAAGUCCCAUCUCUACUUCUGGAAUCUGGAGAAAGGCAUGCUGGUUAAGAAACAAGGACUGUUCGAGAAACAGGAGAAGCCGAAGUUUGUGCUGUGUGUGACUUUUGCAGAAAAUGGAGAUGCCAUCACUGGAGACUCCAGUGGGAACAUACUGGUGUGGGGAAAAGGCACCAACCGUAUCAGCCAUGUUAUCCAGGGAGCUCAUGAGGGCAGUAUCUUUUCUCUGUGUAUGCUGAGGAAUGGCACCUUGGUGUCUGGAGGAAAGGACAGAAAGCUCAUUUCCUGGGACAGCAGCUACCAGCAGAUACAAAUGGUGGAGGUGCCUGAGAUGUACGGCCCGAUCCGGACCGUAGCUGAGGGGAGAGGCGAGUGUAUGCUCAUUGGCACCACCAAGAACUGUGUUUUACAAGGCAGUUUGGAUGGGGAAUUUCUGCCCAUAACACAGGGCCAUACUGACGAGCUGUGGGGUCUGGCUGUCCACCCCUUGAAGCCCCAGUUCUUAACUGGCGGUUAUGACAGACAAGUUAGCUUGUGGGACUCAAGUUCCCAUCAGCCCAUCUGGACCAAGAACAUGGACGAUGCAGCCCAGUCAGCUGGCUUUCACCCAUCUGGAGCAGUAGUCGCUGUAGGAACACAGACUGGCAGAUGGCUGGUACUGGACACAGACUCUAAGGAUCUGGUCACAGUCCACACAGAUGGGAACGAACAACUGUCUGUCAUGCGUUAUGGGCCAGAUGGCAACUUCCUGGCCAUCGGUUCACAUGACAACUACAUCUAUAUCUAUGCCGUGGCGGAAAAUGGCAGGAAGUACAACCGUGUGGGGAAGUGUUCGGGUCACUCCAGUUUCAUCACCCAUUUGGACUGGUCAGUGGACUCCCAGUACCUGGUGUCCAAUUCAGGAGACUACGAGAUACUGUACUGGAUCCCAUCAGUGUGUAAACAGGUGGUGAGUGUGGAGACUACCAGAGAUAUCCCUUGGGCCACAUUCACUUGCACUCUGGGCUUUCAGGUUUUUGAGCUCUGCGAGCUUUUUGUUUUAGGUUAUUCACUGCCCUACUGAAACUCCCUGAUGCUGUAAUAAUUA